GUGUCAAUGCAAAAGGCAUGUGUGCAGCAACAUUCCGUGCAUUUACUUUUGACGUGAAUCUGGCGGUGACAGCGAGAGCUGCUGAGUGUACAUUUUGCUUGGGAAUUGCUGCUCCAUAUUCGAACAUCAUUUGAUGCUACUUUGCAUGAGGCCCUCCGCAUAAUAACUUCUGUAAGGAGACGAGCCAAAAACCUCCCAAUCUGUCAAUUGCAGACACUCAUUACAUCUAUUACUCCAUAAAAUUUUAGAUUCAAAUUGCUCAAUUCAUCUUUUGCUCCAUAUGAUCUGAGGAGUGAGAUCGGGAUUUGAAGGAGUCAUGAUUGCAGCAUGCUGUGCGCUGCUGUUGCUGUACACUCCGCUGUCUGAUGCCAAGACAAUGAGUGGAAUGUUUGAGCCAGUAACAGCAGCAGGGAGCAGCGGUCAGUACAUCGGCAAGUUUUGUUUCUCGGGUCAUACUGGGCGGAUCCAGCAUGAGCGACCAAACAACAAUCUGUUUUCAGGCAAGUUGUAUCUUUUCUCGACGGAAGAGUGGGAGCGAAGCCUGGCAAGGAAGAGCAAAGAUGACGGAACCGACUGCGCAGCUCGGCUGGCAAUGGCUCAAGGCGUUGUACCACUUCAUGACAAAACGGCCAACUACACGCUGAACGAUCUCAAGCAGCCCAUUGUCUUACAUGCAGUCUAUGCUGACAUGUACACGUGUAGUAGGGUACCACCACCGGCUGAGCUUCCUACAAUGGACUACGUUUUACACUUCUUCAAUGCGGACAGACACGAUGAGACCGUCAAUCACUUCAGCUGCGAAGAGACAGGUCUGUUGGGUUUCUAUGAGAUCCUGACGUUACUCUACUUCAUUGUGGGAUGUAUCUGGGCACCAAGACUCUAUGAGAAUCUCAGGAAGCGAGGGCCGAUGCAUGAUGUGUUGGUGAUGUUGACGACAGUACUAUGCCUUCAAGCAGUAGGAUCACUCUGCAUGUUUAUUCAUCUGUAUAGCUAUUCCGUGGACGGUCAAGGAUCACCGCUAAUGGAAAAUGUCUCAGAAUUGGCAGACAUCGCUGCUCAGUUUGAGAUGCUGUACAUGAUGCUGAGUCUAUCUCUGGGCUGGACGCUAGGCUCGGCUAAAACUCAUGUCAAAUCAGAAGUCUGGAAGAGUUCACCGUUAGCAAAGUUAGCUGCUGGAAUGGCCAUCACACAGAGUGUGCUGAUUCUGUGGGAGCAGGUGUGGUACUACGACCACAGUCCUUAUCAUUCUCACCAGAGUGUGACGGGUCUCUUGAUCCUAGUCUUGCGGGUAGCCUUAGCGUUGCUCUUUGCUCACACGCUCCAACAAAUCUUGCCCAAGGAAAGGAGCGCCAUGAGGCGUGAGUUUUACAGCAGUUUUGCCAAGUACUGUUUCCUGUGGUUUUUCGCAUACCCAGCAUUACUUCUAACAUCACUCUUCAUAGCGCAGUAUUUAAGAAGAAAGGUUCUGACCGUAGGAGCCGUCUCAGCCCAGACCUUAGCCGUAGUUCUCUUGUAUCGAUUGUUCCUCUCUCGAAGUCUCUACUGGGAGGUUUCGUCCCUCUCCUCUACGACCCUCCCUCUUAGGAUGGAUAAGAAGAAUCUUAGCAUCAAGCUCACCUCAUGACGAGAAGCACUUUCUCAUGGAAAUCUCAAAUUUUAAUUUAAGCUCGCAUUUUAACCGAUGACUGUAGAGCGUCGAAGGAGCAAAGGAACUGGGGCUGAAAAUAAUGUGAAAUCUGGUGACUGGACACAUUUCAGUUUCACCCACUGUGGUUUUGAGUGAUAGACAAACUACAGGCCUGAUACCUCAUGGAGGCUAAAAAGGCGAUUGCCUCCGUGUCCCUGGUCAUUGCCUCGGUGCCCCUCAAAUGCUCCCCACAGUAAAAAUGUAUA